AAAGCUCGUCUCCGGCACUCCCUUUCAUUUCCCGGUUGCUUACAAUCGGGAAGAGGAAAUGGCGUGCUCCGCCACUCUAUUCUCUCUUCCAUUAUCGUUUCAGAAACCUUCUACUCGCCAGCUUCUUUCUUUAUUCCAUCACAGAUAUGAUUCUUUCAACCACCGAAAAGAUUCGGUUCGGAGACGCCCUCUGGUUCCUGUCUUUUGCUUGUCCGAUGGAGCUAAUCAGGACACUGAGCCGCAAGCUGAAUCAACGUCCGCAGCUUCAUCAUCAUCAUCGUUGUCGUGGUCUUCCUCUCCAUCAAUUUCGAGUAAUUCGACGUAUAAUUUGUGUGCUGCCUUGGGCGGGAUUGGACUCGUCGAAACUGCGUAUUUGAGUUACCUCAAGCUCACUGGUUCAACUGCCUUUUGUCCAAUUGGUGGAGGAAGCUGCGACAACGUUCUUAACAGCGAUUAUGCUGCUGUUUUUGGUGUACCACUGCCCGUGAUUGGAAUGGUGGCGUAUGGAUUAGUUGGAGCAAUUAGUUUGCAGUUGGCAGCAAAGAAAUUGCCAUUUGGGAUUGAUGAAUCUGAUGGUCGUUUAGUGUUGCUUGGCACUACUACCUCUAUGGCAGCUGCCAGUGCAUACUUUCUGUACAUUCUGAACACAAAAUUUUCUGGAGUUACAUGCUCAUAUUGCCUAGUAUCUGCUGUGUUGUCAUUCAGCUUGUUCUUUGCCACUCUCAAGGAUUUUGGAUUGCAAGAGUCUAUGAGACGAUUGGGCUCUCAGAUAAUUAUCGCUGGCGUGGUUUUUAUCACCCUUUCUACCUCAUAUAAUGGUUCCCUUCCUAUUUCUCAAAGUGCUGCUGAACUUGACCUGCCAUACUUUGAAACUGAGCUAACAAAGCCAUCAAGCCCUCUGGCCAUUUCCCUUGCAAGGCAUUUGCAGUCCAUCGGGGCCAAAAUGUAUGGAGCUUUUUGGUGUUCACAUUGUGUUGAACAGAAAGAGAUGUUUGGACGUGAGGCAGCAAAACUAUUAGACUAUGUAGAGUGUUUCCCCAAUGGAUAUCAUAAAGGCACUAUGAUAGAGAAAGCUUGUUCAGAAGUUGGAAUUGAAGGCUUCCCAACAUGGGUAAUUAACGGUCAGGUUUUGAGUGGAGAGAAAGAACUGUCAGAACUCGCAGAAAUUUCAGGAUUUGAGGUUGAUGGGAUAAGUUAAAACAUCAUUUCACAUUCUCUUCUGUUUAUAUCAGUUCAGUAGUCAUUUGUAGAUUGUAUAUAAAUAUCAAAUCACUUCAUGACAUUGUUAUUAUACCCAGCAAAGUCGCUUUUUCUUGCGGUGUAAA